AGAUGUAAAACCAGACAACAUCCUCCUGGAUGAGCAAGGUCACGCGCAUCUGACGGAUUUCAACAUCGCGACGAUCAUCAGGGACGGUGAGAGAGCCACGGCGCUGGCGGGCACCAAGCCCCACAUGGCCCCGGAGAUCUUCCACUCCUUCCUGAACGGCGGGACAGGCUACUCCUUCGAGGUGGACUGGUGGUCACUGGGGAUCAUGGCUUACGAGCUGCUGCGGGGCUGGAGACCGUAUGACAUCCACUCCAGCAGCCCCGUGGAGUCCUUAGUCCAGCUCUUCAGCACCGUCAGCGUGCAGUACUCCUCCGCCUGGUCCAGGGAGAUGGUUGCUCUGUUAAGGAAGCUGCUGACGGUGAACCCCGAGCAUCGCUUCUCCUGCCUGGACGACGUCCAGGCCUCGGCCUCCCUCUCAGCCAUGGCCUGGGCCGACGUCUGCGCGAAGCGGGUGGAGCCGGGCUUCGUCCCCAAC